AUGGUGUUGUAGACUUUCCUAGCAAAGAAACCGGCUUCGGCUUCUUUAAAAUCCCCGACGACUCACCUGAUUAACCUGCCUGCGAUUCUGAGCUGACCAGGUCUUGGAGGAGUGAGCUCCUGGUACAGUCUCUGCCUGACUCCUUGCAGUUUUCAUCUGAAGAUUACGAAAAGUGGACUUCACCCUGUGAAGCUGUUACCAUAACAGUUUAUGGAUGGAGAACUGAGGCUCAGAUAAAUUGUGUCUUUCCAAAGGUUAUUUCACAUGCCAGUAGCACAAACAAGUGCCUGUGCCAUGUUUCCUGGACUGCUGCUUUUUCCAUGCUUUCUUUAAUCACGUGGGAAGAAAUUCAUCCUUACACGGGGUCUGACACAACUUAGGAUUUGCUGACAUUUGGGCUGUUUCAUUGCCAGAGGAGGCUUUGUGUGUCCCAAAGGAAGCUUCUCUGCAGAAUGUCAAGCAAAGAUCGACACAUUGAUUCUAGCUGUUCGUCGUACAUCAAGACGGAACCGUCGAGCCCUGCCUCUCUGACGGACAGCAUCAACCACCACAGCCCCGGUGGCUCCUCAGACGCCAGCGGGAGCUACAGUUCCACCAUGAAUGGACAUCAGAACGGGCUGGACUCACCUCCCCUCUACCCUUCAGCCACAGGGCUUGGGGGCAAUGGGCCAGUCAGGAAACGGUAUGAUGACUGCUCCAGUACUAUUGCUGAAGAUUCACAGACCAAGUGUGAAUAUAUGCUGAACUCGAUGCCCAAAAGACUGUGUUUGGUGUGUGGUGACAUUGCAUCAGGGUACCACUAUGGAGUGGCUUCCUGCGAGGCCUGCAAGGCUUUCUUCAAGAGGACGAUUCAAGGUAACAUAGAAUACAGCUGCCCAGCAACGAAUGAAUGUGAAAUCACAAAGCGCAGACGCAAGUCCUGCCAAGCCUGCCGCUUCAUGAAGUGUCUAAAAGUUGGCAUGCUGAAAGAAGGUGUUCGCCUAGACAGAGUACGUGGAGGUCGCCAGAAGUACAAGCGCAGAAUAGAUGCAGAAAAUAGCCCAUACCUGAACCCUCAGCUAGUUCAGCCAGCAAAAAAGCCAUAUAACAAGAUUGUCUCCCAUUUGCUGGUGGCUGAACCAGAGAAGAUCUAUGCUAUGCCUGACCCCACCGUUCCAGACAGUGACAUCAAAGCACUUACCACUCUUUGUGACCUGGCAGACAGAGAACUGGUGGUGAUCAUUGGAUGGGCUAAGCAUAUUCCAGGUUUCUCCACUUUGUCUCUGGCUGACCAGAUGAGCCUUCUGCAGAGUGCUUGGAUGGAGAUUUUGAUUCUCGGUGUUGUAUACCGGUCACUUUCUUUUGAGGAUGAGCUUGUAUAUGCUGAAGAUUAUAUUAUGGAUGAAGACCAAUCCAAAUUGGCAGGCCUUCUUGACCUUAACAAUGCCAUACUGCAGCUGGUAAAGAAAUACAAGAGCAUGAAGCUGGAGAAAGAAGAGUUUGUCACCCUCAAAGCUAUAGCACUUGCUAAUUCAGACUCAAUGCACAUAGAGGAUGUUGAGGCUGUGCAGAAACUUCAGGAUGUCUUACAUGAGGCUCUGCAGGAUUAUGAGGCUGGGCAGCACAUGGAAGACCCCCGUCGUGCAGGCAAGAUGUUGAUGACUCUCCCACUUCUGAGGCAAACCUCCACCAAGGCUGUGCAGCAUUUCUACAACAUCAAACUGGAAGGCAAAGUCCCCAUGCACAAACUUUUUUUGGAAAUGCUGGAGGCCAAGGUCUGACUAAAGCAUCAUGGGCUUCCCCAUCAUGCACGUUUUAAAUAAAAAAAAAAAAUUAAAAAAAGAGGAUGAAAAAAAAAGAAAAAAAAAAGGGAAAAUAAACAGGAUAAUAAUGGCAAAGAAACUUAGUGUUUAAUUAAGGAAAAAAAUGACUGCACUGAUAUUUAGCAGCAAGACUGUGAAGCAGCUUUCAACUUUUACUUCUGUGUCUUUCUGAUGCAGUUUUUCUUUUCCUUUUCCUUUUCUCUCUUUUCCUUUCUGUUCUUUCCUUUCCUUUUCUCCUUUUCUCUUUUUGUUUUUUGGUUUCUUUUGUUUCCUUUGCUGCUGAACUUUUAAAAAGAGGUCUCUAAUUGAAGAGAGAUGGAAGCCAGGCCUGCCAAAGGAUGGAAAUCCAUAAUAUGGAUGCCAGUGAACUUAUUAUGAACCAUAAUGUCCCCAAUGACAAAGGAAUCAAAGAGAGAACCACCGUACCUAGCAGUACAGUACAACACGAUGAACUGACUGAAUGCAGUAUUAGAUUUCAUAGGAGCAGUCUCUAAUUAGACGACUAAGCGACGAUGCAUCGGCUGCUUCUUAUCAUUGCAUUUUCCAUCUAGAUCAGUUACAGCCAUUUGAUUCCUUAAUUGUUUUUUCAAGUCUUCCAGAUAUUUCUUAGGUUAGCUACAAUGUAACUUUUUCAGGGAAUAGUUUAAGCUUUAUUCAUUCAUGCAAUACUAAAGAGAAAGAAAUACUGCAUUUUUUGUGCUGGCUUGAACAAUUAUGAACAAUAAUGAAGGACAAAUGAAUCCUGAAGGAAGAUUUUUUUAAAUGUUUUGUUUCUUCUUACUAACGGAGAUUUUUUUGUACCAGCUUUACCAGUUUUCAGCCAUUUAUUAAUGUGGGAAUUUAUCUUACUAAAGCAAUAGUCGAAGGGAAGGUGCAUAUUAUCACGGAUGCAAUUUAUGUUGUGUGCCAGUCUGGUCCAAAACAUCCAGUUUCUUAACAUGAGCUCCAGUUUAUAACUAAAUGUUCACUGACUCAAAGGAUUAGAUUACACCUGCAGUAUAUCCAAGUAGUCUAACAUAGAAGUAUUCCAUGUCAAAUACCAAUCCGUAACGGUGUUAGGAGACAGCGACUGUACAGAGGUAUAGUUGCUACAUGAUUUCUAACUGCUUCAGUUGCAAAUGAACAAUACUGCCUGUUUGCAAAAUUAUAACCUCACAUGCAGAAAAUCCCUAUGAACCAAUAGUAGCUUAGAGGCAAUAAGGCAAAUGCCAACAUUUGCAAAAUUAAGAAAUCAGAGUAGUAGCCUUCUGACCAAAUUGAAGAAUUUAACACUUCCUAUACCUUAUUUAUUGAUUUAGAUUUUAUUUUGUAAAUGGCAAUCUUUAACAAGUAGCUAAACCAGUAUAUGUGCUUUUCAACCAGUAUUGUCACAGCAUGAAAGUCAGUCAGUUUCAAGACUGUUACGAGGUGUAAUCUAAUGUAUAAACCGAUUAGAUGCCCCCAGAAAACUACAGUCGCUAAAUAACCAAUAAACAAUAACCUCCAUCAAAUGCUAUACCAAUGUACCAGUGUUAGUAGCUGCUCCCUGUACUAUGUGAACAUCCUUAUUCUAUGUACACAGAUGUAAUUAAAAUUGUAAUCCUAACAAACAAAAGAAAUGUAGUUCAGCUUUUCAAUGUUUCAUGUUUGCUGUGCUUUUCUGAAUUUUUAUGUUGCAUUCAAAGACUGUUGUCUUGUUCUUCUUGUGGUGUUUGGAUUCUUGUGGUGUGUGCUUAUAGACACAGGGUAGAAUUAGAGACAAUAUUGGAUGUACAAUUCCUCAGGAGAUUACAGUAGUAUAUUCUAUUCCUUACCGGUAAUAAGGUUCUUCCUAGUAAUAAUUAAGAGAUCGAAACUCCAAACAAAUACUCGUUAUGAACAGAUACACACUGAAAUCAUAAUAUUUUCAAAACAAGGGAUAAUUUCUGUAACAGUUUAUUAUAGAAUACCAAUGUAUAGCUUAGAAAUAAAACUUUGAAUAUUUCAAGAUUAUAGAUAAGUCUAAUUUUUAAAUGCUGUAAAUAUAGCUUUUAUUCAAUCAUCUCUCAGAUGUUGUUAUUAACUCACUCUGUGUUGUUGCAAAACUUUUUUGGUGCGGACAAGUUUCCCAAACUAUUGCUAUGUUGUGUGCUUUAAAGAAAAUAACGAUGGGCUGAUGCUCCAUCAGCCUCGUGCUAGGAAAAAAAAACACAAAAACAACAAAAAAAACCAACAAAAAAAACCAACUGUGUAUCUAUCAUUAGCUAUAUGGGACUAUAUUGUAGAUUGUGUUUUCUCAGUAGAGAAGUGACUGUAGUGUGAUUCUAGGUAAAUCAUCAUUAGCAAUUCAUUCAGAUGGUCAAUAACUUGAAAUUUAUAGCUGUGAUAGGAGUUCAGAAAUUGGCACAUCCCUUUUGAAAAAUGUCAAAAAAAAAUAAAAAUAAUAAUAAUAAUAAAUAAAUAAUACAACUCCUGGGAAAAAGGUGCUGAUUCUAUAAGAUUAUUUAUAUAUGUAAGAGUGCAAAAAAAAAAAAAAAAAAAGGUAAAAAAAAAAA